GGACAAAGCCCUAGUUCCUCUUUCAGAGGCAGAGGAAGAUACAAAACUAUGAUGAGAACUCGCAGCGGAAGAUCAACCAAGACCAGAUCUGUUCCCUCGAAUCCAAUUCCCAUCGCCGUUGCAGAACCAGCGAUCGCAGAAGAAGCGAAUUCAGAAUCGGACAAUGACUCGGUAGCUACAUCAAUGAUGACCGCAACACAAGUGAGAACUCAACGUCGUCCUCGUCAGAGUGUGGGAGAGUCUUCUCGUCGCAUGCAGAACAAGAAGAAGAAGGAGGAAGAGAAUGAUUCAGAUGAGGCGACACAAGUGAUCGACGAGGAAGAAGAAAACGGAAGAAGAAAGCGCGCAUCGUACUAAAUCUCCGCAAGGCUAUUCAAAAUCUGAAAGAAUGUCUCCACACUCUUGAUAGUGGGAGUGUGUGACUACUGACUCUCUUUCUCUGCAUGUUGCUCUCUAUCUAAUCAUGUCAUGACUCUUAGUGUUACUUCUUUUAGGUUGUUUCUGUGUAUGUUUUGUAAGCUUUGAGUUUAACUAU